GACAUUUUGAAGGGACCGAGCGCUCCAUUCAUCUGAGCUGAGAAAGACCCGGCAGCUGCAGUCAUGGCUCAGUGUGACGUUCUGUGUUUGUUUGAUGUGGACGGAACCCUGACAGCAGCCAGGCAGAAAGUCUCAAAAGAAAUGGCAGAAUUUCUACAAGAGCUGCGAAAAAAGGUAAAAGUCGGGGUUGUUGGAGGCUCCGAUUUUGAAAAAAUCAAGGAACAGCUUGGAGAUGAUGUUGUUGAACAAUUUGACUAUGUAUUUGCUGAAAAUGGGCUUGUGGCUUAUAAAGAUGGGAAAUUCUUGUGCAAACAGAGUAUUCACGCCCACUUGGGAGAGGAUUUACUGCAAGAUAUCAUCAACUACUGUCUAAGUUACAUUGCAAAGCUCAAGCUGCCAAAGAAAAGAGGCACAUUUGUGGAAUUCCGGAAUGGGAUGCUUAAUGUUUCGCCUAUCGGAAGAAACUGUACCCAAGAGGAACGCAUUGAGUUCUAUGAACUGGAUAAAAAAGAACAGUUCAGAGACAAAUUUGUGGCUGAAUUGCAAAGGGAAUUUGCAGGAAGAGGCCUUACAUUUUCAAUAGGAGGUCAGAUAAGCUUUGACGUGUUUCCUACCGGCUGGGACAAGACUUUCUGCCUGGGAAUCCUUGAAAAUGAGGGCUUCUCAAAGAUCUAUUUCUUUGGCGACAAAACAAUGCCAGGCGGAAACGACUAUGAAAUCUACACGGACUCCAGGACGAUCGGCCAUUCAGUGACAUCUCCGGAAGAAACAAGGACAAUCUGCAAAGAGCUAUUCUUCCAGUGACCCAUCAGAGGCAAUUAAUGGCACUAAUUAGAUACUAUUGUGUAAUCAAACAUUCUUGACUGAUCAUCUCUUCAAUUAGAAUUCAGCCAAUUACAUUCUUGCUCUUCCCUCUAGUCCAUUAAUCAGUUAUUGCUGCUCAGAGCUUAUAGUAAGAGAGAGUUUGUGCACUCUAUUCAGCCCGAGUUUGUGCACUCUAUUCAUGGCGAAGUUUGUGCACUCUAUUCAUGCCGAAGUUUGUGCACCCUAUUCAGCCCGAGUUUGUGCACUCUAUUCAUGCCGAGUUUGUGCACUCUAUUAAGCCCGAGUUUGUGCACUCUGUUCACGCUGAGGUUGCAUAAUUCAGCACCUGGGGGGUUGUCUUGGCUUAAUGUGAAUUUCGGCAGCAGGGGAUGUGGUUGUACCAAGUACAGUCUAAGCAAAGCAAUGUAGUGUUUAGCUCACACUGCAGCAGACUGUAUAUAAUAGUUACACACAGCAGUCCCCUCUAUAGUGAAAAACAUGGCUGAGCACUAAUGUUCCCAAGAGGCAUCAUUUGCAAGUGCACAUUGGAAUAUUUUUGCAUGUAGCUGAAUCUCUUAUUUUACAUCUGCUAUCCCCCCCCCCCCUCAUGAAAUAUAGGUCACUGUGUGUAAAGUGUUAUGUUCUUAUCAGUUGAUACUGUGAUGCUCAGCUAUGUCAUCUGUGCUUUACUUAAUGCCUCAACUUCAAUUCUUUUCAUGGAAAUGCUCAAGAAGAUUAUUUGCUCAGUGACAGAAAUAGGUCAAAUCAUUUGUCUUAUAGUAUAAGUGCUUCAGCUGUCUCGGCCUCGUUUUCAGCUGCUCCUGCUGCUCCCAGUUUGUGGGGGAUAGAGUCACAUACAGGUGUAAAUCCAGCUAUUGUGCAAUGGGAAUCCCCGUCACUCUAAUUAGAAUCUUUCUCAUCUAUGUAGGUAAAUGACAGCUACACAGACCCCCGUUAAAGGCUUCUCUAUCUAGUCUUUAUGAAGAAAUUACUUACUGAUUCUCUGCUUGCGCUCCUCUUCAGAAACGGUGACAGGGUGACGAUCCAUCGUGCAGUGCUCAAUUUCUCCUCCCUGACUAUCUCCUAUAGAAGGCAGGGAGGAGCAAUCGAGCACCACACAAUGGAUUGUGGCCCUGUCGCCGUUUCUCAAAAGGAGCGCAAGCAGAGAAUCGGUAAGUAAUUUCUUAAUAAAGACUUUUGAAAGAAUUGAAAGUUAAAACUGCAUUGUUUCUGUUACUUGUCCUUUAACUGCAUCCUACACCUGAUGGGUUAUUUACUAAACUCCGAAAGCAAAAAUCACAAAGAAUUCUUGAUUUUUUUUUUUUUUAUAUAAUUGGAUUUUUAAAAAAUUUAUUAAACCCCCGAGGACGGAAAAGUCUGAAUCUGAAAACCAGAUCUGCAUCAACCAGAGUGUGCUGCUGGAUUUCUUACUUUGGAUGUUAAGUUGACCCAAAAAGCAGACGAGGGUCUUCCAGUUCAGCACCUGAAACCUACACAGGUUUAAUGAAGGUGGAGCACUUCUAAUUACCAUUACUGAGUCUGAAAAUCUGGCAUCUCAGACCUGUCGAGGUUGCAUAUAAGUCAAUGGGAGAAGUCCCAAUGAUUUUUUUGAUGUGUGCUGAGUUUUGUGCAAAACCCAACGUUUUCGUGUGAAAAAUCUGGAAAAAACGUGAAAAUUGGAUGACAAAUCCUAAACAACAUGAAAAAAAAAAAA